UUUAUUGUCAAUUUGUCAUUGCUCUUUUGAGUUUUCUCAAAUCUCAACAUUGUGAAAUAAACUCCUGCUCAACAGGAAUAUUUAUUAUUAUUUAAAACUUCUGUGAUAUAGUUUUAGUGUUCGUAUUAUAAACUUAAUAUAAAAUCAUGUCGAAUCCGUGGAAAAAAGUUGCUGCACCCACCGAUGUGCAAAACCUCUCAGAUAUUAUGUCUGAAGAACUCGCUCGGGGUCUUCAGGUUAAGGAAGAAAUCAAGUUUGCUGAACAGCUGUCUGACCAGCAUGUGACUACUAGUGAUAUACCAGCAGAGUUACUGCAAGACAUCGCAGAAUCUAAUGCCAAAGAGUAUUGUGAUUCUGACGCGAUCAUUGCAAAAGUGUUGCAAUGUCAGUUCGACAAAGAAUACGACGAAGAGAUCAAGAGGGUGGAGAAAAAACGCAAUGGUGAUGCUAAAGUGUCUGUAUCGUACGAUAACUACCGCAAUGUUCCUGCACAUUUGAUUUACGAUUCCGACUCUGAAGAAGAGGUUGUAGAGAAGAAGGACUGGGACCGUUUCGAGACUAACGAGAAAGAGUUUGCAAGUCUGCCGAAGCGCGGUUACAUUAUGAAAGACGGUAAGAUGGUCACCAAGCACGACAGCGUCAUUUCAGGCCGUCGGAAUGCAUGCAAAGUGAUGGCGUUCCCGCCGGAAGUGUGCACGGGUGACGGCGCAGGUUUCGACAUGAAGCUCUCCAACUCUGUGUUCAAUCAUCUGAGGGAGCAGACACGGUAUCACAAUACGCGCAAACAUAAAAUGUUGGAUAGGAAGGAAAGCCAAGCUACUGCUGAAAUGGGUCUGGAUGAACCCACCAGGCUUAUCCUGUUUAAGCUCAUCAAUAAUGGCAUGUUGGAGGAUAUUAAUGGAGUUAUCUCAACAGGCAAGGAGUCUGUAGUUCUACAUGCUAAUGGGGAUACAUCAUUCCCAGACCUCGUAGUUCCUAAGGAAUGUGCAAUAAAGAUCUUUAAGACAACACUGAAUGAGUUCAAAACUCGAGAUAAAUAUAUUGAAGCCGAUUAUCGGUUUAAGGAUCGUUUCUCAAAGCAAAAUCCACGUAAGAUUGUCCACAUGUGGGCCGAGAAGGAAAUGCAUAAUAUGAUGAGGCUGCAGAAGAUUGGGAUCAACUGCCCUGAGAUGGUUUGCUUGAAGAAACACGUUUUAGUAAUGUCCUUCAUUGGGAGAGACAAUAAGCCUGCACCUAAGCUGAGGGAUGUCAUUUUAAAGCCUGAGAAGUGGGAGAGUGUUUACCACGAGGUGGUGGAUGGGAUGCACAAGAUGUACAAUGUGGGCCACAUAAUCCAUGCUGACCUCUCAGAGUACAAUAUAUUGUGGUGGGACAAUAAAUGCUGGUUUAUUGAUGUGUCCCAAUCGGUGCAGCCUGAUCACCCCAAUGGCUUGGAGUUUUUGCUCAGGGAUUGCCGUAAUAUUGCCAAUUUCUUUGAAAAGAAGGGUGUUCCGGAGACAAAGUCUGGUGAAGACCUGUUCAAAUCCAUUACUGGCUUUGAUGAGGUGGAUGUGAACAUGCUGGAAGGUGUUCACACCACUUACAACUCCCUGGCGUGCCGUUUCGAAAUCGCCCCUGACGACAACAGAAAUGUAAGCUAUCCAUUCGAGUACUGCUGGCAAAAAACCAACGAAGACAAGCCCAAGAGUGAUGACAGUGAUGAUGAUGAGUUUGAAGAAAUGUGGACUCAUUCCAUCCAAAACAAAGCUGUGGAUACAGCAGCUGAUUUCGGCAAUGAAGUGAAACUUCCUCACCCAAUUGAAGCUGACAAUGCCAAUGAUUCAGUCAAGAUGAUAGAUAAAAACGUUAAUUUUGGCAAUGAACUAAAAGUCGUCGUCCCAACAGAUGGCGAGAGUAGUAGUGGUAUUGACAAGAAGUCUUAAUAUGUAUUCCAUAGAAAUUGUGGCUAAUAAGUAUCUAAUUGGUGUUCAAGAAAAAGACAAAAAAAGAUCUUGUAUACAGAUUUAAAUAUUCACGCAUAGUUAUUUUUAUCUAUGCAUAUGCAGGUGUAUUUGAAUAAAAGAUGAAAUUUUA